AUGUUUGAGUUUCUGAGCAGACUGUGCUCCAAGCACAAGAACGCUCCCCUAGAGACGGAGCUGCGCCGGCAGCGGAAGGCCCUCAAGGCGAUUGACAAGUUUGUCCACAGCCUUCAGAAGAGUUUAAAAUAUUGGGAAAGAAGUGGCAAGUCUUUGCGAGUUAGCAUCAACGGAUACUUUUACGACAAGCCCGUUUACAAGCGUCCAGUGGAGGAGAUCGGCGCAGCCCUGGACUCGUUCAAGACAAUAUCCUCCUCGGUGAAACCACAAGUGGAUCUUAUCAAGGAGGCGAAUGUAGCCGCGGCGAAGUCAAUCGCGAAGGUUGAAAAGGCCAGCAAACGAAAGAAGGAUGCGGAGAAGAAGUUACUGCGGAAGGAGGCGGCGCUGAAGAAGCUGCAGCAGAAAGCGGAAACUGGCAAAGACCCGCAAGCUGUGCAGAAAGUCAAGACGGCGGAAGAUGAGGUUCAAAUUGCACGGAAUCGCCUGCAAACGGCAGAAGCCGAGCUUGUGAGAGAAAUGCAACAGACGAUGAACGGAAGUGCGCCAGAGGCCGCAAUGCAAGUUGCACGGGCUCUGGAAGCCAUGAUUCUCUUCUUGGUAGGAUCGGGCGUUGAUGUGGGGUCUGUGCGGGCUUCAAUUCGUUUGCUGGAAGAGACACAGUAUGUGUCGCCGUUGACGGCGGCUGGCCAUCAGCAGCAGCUGCUGCAGCAGCAGCCGUACACGAGCAGCAAGGCGGACAUGCAGCAGAUGCAGCAGUUCCCCAACAGCCCGCGCAGUACCAGCCCCGCAGAGCCCGUGAAGAGGACAAAUUCCCAGUCUUCCCGCCCCCACAGCCCCUCUGACCCUGGCUCUCAGCAGGUAACACCAAGGAAACCCUACCACUCCGGCGACAGCCAGCGCCUGCAGCAAACAGCCUCCAACGGAAACCUUAAAGACUCAGCCAGGCCCCUUGCCUCUCCCACGAAUCCAUUCGCGUCAGACUAA